AUGUCUCUUACAAUUAACUUUGUGCUGCAGAAAAGUGACUUGACACUCAAUAAAUUAGCAAGAGCUCCCAUUAAUGGUGUCAAGACCAUAAGUGUUAUAUCUUGUAAAGCCAAAGAACUACAAAUACAUAACAAAAAGAAUUUGUACCAAGUUCUUUCUGUUGAAUCCCAUAAUGUUAGUUUGCAUGAACUCAAGAAAGCGUACCGCGCCAAGGCUCUUCAGCUACAUCCCGAUGCUUGUCCGUCCUCGAAAAAGGAGGAAUGCACCAAGCAGUUUGUGGAGUUACACGAGGCGUAUGAAGUUCUUUCGGAUCCACAAUCUCGACGAAUGUAUGAUUUGAGUCUGGUUGGAGACCAUGCAUCCGGUGAACAAAAGGUGCAUUUUGCGCGGACAGUGUGGGAGACGCAACUUGAUGCGCUUAAGCAACGAUCGGCUACUCGUCCUAAGAGAAGGAACAUUUGUUUUGUGUAA